AUGGCUUCACUCACGGAAAAGUCGCCAGCCGUGGCCGACAGCCCUGCUGUCGAUGAGGAGACGCGGACACCGACUCGCGAGGGCCCUUGGAUUCGCUUCAUGACGGCUCUGCGGUGGUAUUCUCCCGACAUGCCCAGCGAGGAAAAGGCCCUCGUCCUGCGACUGGACCUACUAAUCCUCAUCUUCGGAUGUCUCUGCUUCUUCACCAAGUACCUGGACCAGUCGUCCAUCGCCAACGCCUACGUCAGUGGCAUGAAGGAGGAUCUCAACCUCGUGGGCAACGAGCUCAACUACAUGACAAUCGUCUUCUGGUCGUCCUACUGCACCUCCAUGAUCCCCGCCUGCUACUACCUCACGCGAUACCCCGUCAACAUCGUCCUGCCGAUCCUCGAGAUCGGCUGGGGCCUGUCGACCUUCGGCCUCGCCUGGGCCCAGAACGUCCAGACCAUCUACGCCAUGCGCUUCUUCACGGGCCUCUUCGAGUCCUCCUCCUUCACCGGCAUCAUCUACGUCAUCGGGAGCUGGCUCAAGCCCUCGGAGAUCGGCAGACGCGUCGCCGUCUUCUACAUCGCCGCGCCCCUCGGCACCAUGUUCGCCGGCUACCUCCAGGCCGCCGCCUACACGAACCUGCACAACGUCCACGGCCUCGCCGGCUGGCGCUGGCUCUUCAUCGUCGACGCCAUCAUCACCAUCCCCAUCGCCCUCAUCGGCUUCUUCGUCUUCCCGGACGUGCCCUCCCGCUCCAGGCCGAGGCUGCUGCCCGCGCACCUGCACGCGCUCGCGCAGAAGCGCCUCGAGGGUCUCACCGCGCCGCCGCAGCUAAAGGUUUCGCGCGAUAUCUUCCGGCGCGUCUUUCGGCGCUGGCACUGGUACCUCUUCGUCGCGCAGUGGACCAUCAUGAACGAGAACCUGCAGCCCAGCGGGUCCCCCUUCUCGCUGUACCUCAAGGCCUUCCCGGGGACAUACUCGGUCACGCGCAUCAACACGCUGCCGACGGUCGCGACGGCCGUCUCCAUCGUCUGCGCCUUCGCCGCCGGCGCCCUCGCCGACCGCACGGGCUGGUUCGCCGGGCUGACCGCCGCCGCGACGGUGCCGUCGCUGGUCGGCGUCGCGAUGCUGGUGGCGUGGGACGUCGGCGAGGGCGGGCGGCUGGCCGCGUUCAUGCUCAACGGGUUCGAGGGCGCGGUGCCCUCGCUGACGAUGGCGUGGGCGACGGUCACCAUGGCGGGCGACGCCGAGGAGCGCGCGGUCGUGACGGCGUCGAUGAACGCCAUCGGGCAGGCCAUCGUCGCGUGGGCGCAGCUGCUGCAGUUCCCCGCGGUCGAGGCGCCGUACUUCCGCCGGGGUUUCAGGAGCGUGGUGGCGACGAUGGUGGUGCAGUUCGUUCUGACUGCGGCGAUCUGGUAUCUCGUCAGGAGGGACCGGAAGGGGGGAGCUUUGGAGGAGCACGUCGCGGACGAAGAGGCGAAUAAGGGAGACGCCAAAAGGGAGGCGUAG